GCUCUCCUCCUCUUUCACUUCACUCAGCUUUGGCAGCAGCAGCAGGACGUCCGGCGCGGCGGCAGCGGCGGCUCCUCGUGUGGAUAAGGUGCAGCAGCAGCAGUUCGCUGGGGUGUGAGCAGUGUCACCAUGAGCUCAAGGGAAAGUGCCCGCCAGUCCACUUCCGCGGAGCAGCCUGCAUCCCCCUCAGAGUCACCGAAGAGGGCACGAGGGAGACCCCGGAAACCGCAAAAAGAGCCAGCGACUGGGGAGCCUUCUCCUAAGAGACCCAGAGGAAGACCUAAGGGGAGCAAAAACAAAGGUCCUUUAAAAUCUGCACAAAAGAAAGAAGAGGGUAGUGGUGAAAAACGUCCAAGAGGACGCCCCAGAAAAUGGCCACAACAAGAAAAAAAAUCUAGUCAGAAAGAAACUGAAGAGGCCUCCUCACAUGAAUCUGAAGAGGACUAGACAACCGUCGACAUGAAUUUCUACCUCAGACAGCAGUUUUUCUUCGAUUCAGAAUCAGUCCCUUCAGCUUAUCUGGAUCUCAGAAAUGAAAAGACACUGCUUUGACCACUUAAUUUGUACUACCCCCAUCUCUUCACUUCUUGCCUAUCGGGCAGAAUUUAAAAAUGAUAGAACCUCUCCAAGAACUUGUUCAUUACUGUCUUUCUAAUCCUUUUCACUGUCCCAGGUUUAGUUCUAAAAUACUGCUGUAAGACAGGGGAUACAGAUAAAUGGUAACUUUUUAAAAUGCUGUUUUUAUCUUUAACCUACUAAUCAAUAAUGCUGUUGAGAAAAGAUGUGUGGGUCAAACAUUCUUGAAUCAGGUUUUAGUCAUUGUCAUUCACUGCACUGCAUAUACACAAAAUGACUUUUAAAACAAAAUGGGCAUUGAAAUGGGCAAAGCUCGGUGUGUAAAGAUGAGCAAUCCACACCAGCUAACACCCACACUUGACAACAACCCCUUAGAACACCAAAGAUGAGGGCUUUUUUUCACCCCAAAAAGCUUCUUGUAGAUCUGUACUUUUUGCUUAGUAGCUUCAUAUGUUUCUGUAAGGAAGCAACAUGCUUAAAACCUGUGUUUUGAAACAAAACCAGU